GAGAAACAACCAAACACGCCCAACCACCGCUCUAUAUAUAAACCCAAUUUACAUCUAAAAAUAUUCCAAUCUAAUCUUAUCUUCUUUUUAAGUUUUUAGUACGUUGUGCAAUCAAUUAUGGCGGGACAACCAAGCAAUCCGAUUCCAGCAAUGACAACAUUCCAGCCACUGCAGACGCCGGUUGUCGUGAUCGGACCACAGUUUUUGGCACAAUAUCCGGUUGACCUGAAAGUAGCCACCAAGCUCAUGUCUUUUGGAGAGAGCAAUUUUGGUGUCACUGAUAUGAACGGAACCCUUAUUUUUAGGGUUAAAAGUAAACUCCUAAGCAUUCGUGAUCGUCGUCAUUUGCUUGACAUUGCUGGUAAUGUCAUUGCCACUUUCCAACAGAAGAUAAUGACUGCACAUAGGAGAUGGAAGGUUUUCAGAGGAGAAAGCACAAAUGACCAAGAUUUAUUGUUCAGUGUCAAGAAGUCAUCUAUAAUCCAAUUCAAGACAGAAUUAGAUGUAUGCUUAGCCGCUAAUACAGCAGAAGAUGUCCCUGAUUUCAAAGUCAGAGGCAGCUGGUUGGAGAGAUCCUGUACCAUAUAUCUUGGCCAAACCAAUACCAUAAUUGCACAAAUGCAUCGGAAACACACUCUUCAAACUGUUGUAUUCGAUGCAGACAAUUUUGGUGUGACUGUGUAUCCCAACGUCGACUAUGCUUUCGUUGUCGCCCUUGUGGUGAUUCUUGAUGAGAUCAAUGAGGAUCGAAGAGGUGCUGAUUAAAUAAACUAAGUACAAGAAUCAAGUCCCUGGGCCAUCCUUUGUUGUCCUCGAUAAUUUUGAGGAGGCAGGAGUAGAGUUUUAUUAGUUUCAAACGCGUGUGGAGAUGGAUGGGCACCUCCGUGCUUCUACAUUUAUCUCAUUUAAAGCUUUCUUGCAGGAUUAUCAAUUAUGGUACUUGUCAACUGCCCAACAGCUUUUGGCCAGGUGCAAUCAUUGAUACAAUUGAUUUUAUAUGCAUGCAUAUGCAAUAAAAAGAAAAGUUAAACCUCUUAAAGAGUAGUGCUAAAUCGAAUUCAUCCAUUAGGGGUAUCUUUACUGUUAUAUAGAAAGAAAAAGAAAAAGAAAUAGAGGGACUUUUGGGGGUAUUUAAGUACAGAUUUUACUUCUUUUAUUAUCACAAUUUAGGUAUUUUAAUAACUAGAUAAAGUGGCAAUUCCCCUCCUUAUUUAACUUUCUUCUGUUACUACCCACUAAAAAAUUUUAUUUAAUGUUACUUAUAAAACAAAUAUAAAUUUCUUAUGUUUCUCUAAGUCUCUCAUACACAAUAAGAAAGUGACCGUGAGUAUUUAAUAUAAAUAUAUGGGGAUAUUUUAUUCUUAGUAAAACAAAUUUAUAGUCAAAACAUAUUAUUAAUUAAAUAGUUUUAUUUUAUAAUUUUGUCUCAUGACUUGUUAAUUAGAUAGGUUUUUAACAGAUUUCAAAUUAUUAGUCGCAUAAAUUUCAUAUUUCAAUUUAAAAAGUCAAGUUAUUGAUUGGGUAAAAAAGAAGUCAAUGAUGAAGCAGCUCAAAUCUUAAUAUAUAUAUAUAUAUAUAUAUUAAGGCUUAUUAGUGAAUAAAAAUGAAUUUUAUUCAAUUGUUUAAGUCUAAUACUAGAAAUAAAUAUCAAAUUUACAUAAUCAAUUUUCUUUGAUGGAAUUUAUAUAAUCAAUUUGAGUACUAUGAGUGAUUUGGACUGAGAUAUUAUAAGUUAUAAUAUCCAAAAAUAUAACUUGUGAUAUUUAAAUUAAAUUUAUUCGAAUGAUUAAAGUUAAAAAAGUCACACGCCAAACGUUCCAAUGCUGAGCUUAGGUAUUUAGAUUUUUGCUGUAAAAAAAGGAAAAAGAAAAGAAAAGUUUAAAGUUGGCUUUGUUAUUAUAUAUAUUCAACAGAAAGUCAUGGAUUCUCAUAUCAUAUGCAACAAAUAAUGAGUUUUUAUUUCUUAAAAGAAAAAAAUGUGAAGAUUAUAUAUACCCAAUGAAUUUAAGUCAAGAUUACAGAGAAUAUUUAGCUUAAGUUAAUAUUUAAUUUAACUUUUUAUUCUCUCUGAAAUUAGUAUUAAAAGACGUGUAUGUAAUAAAUAAGAGGUAAGUGCAAAAAAAGAAAACCAAUAAAUUAAAAGAAUAGAAUAGCAUAUAUAUUAUUUAUCUUUUCCUGAUAAAUUCUAGUUUAAUAAAAUAUAAAAAGAUAACAAAUUAUCUUUGCUCUGAUCAAUUUGGUGCCUUUAGCAUUUUAAACCUAAAUAAUAAUUGAGAGGGGAAAAAGAAAAGAGAAAGGUCAAUUAUAAAAGGAAAUUGCUUUUGGAAUUUGGCAGUGAAUGGAGAAUGAUUGUAUUUCCAUGGCAUCUGCUUGGCCGUAUCAAAAAUGAUGAUGGGAAAAUGUUUGACUUGCCUUUAGCAUUUUAGAUCAGAUUAUUUUUUAAAUCAAUAUUAAAUAUUUAUUUAUUAUAUAUUAAUUAGUUUUAAUAAAUAGAUACUAAUAUUUUUAGGAAAGUAAUCAUUUCUGAAAGUGGUAGUAUGAAUGUUAAGUUCUUUCUUUAUAAAAAUAAUUAAAAAAAUUAAAUCAAAUAUUCAAAUAAAAGACAUAUUAGAAGUUAAUAUAUGUACACUAGUGUCAUCGAGUGAAGUGUGUGUCUGCAGAAUUAUAAUUUAUUAUUUUGUUAACACAAUUAUUCUUUGUUAAAAAUAAAAAUUUUAUAUAUUUUUAUUUUUAUAUCAAAAUAUCUAGUCAUUGAAAAGGAUAAAAAAUAUAGAAGCUGGCGUACAACAGGAGAAGAGAAUGAAAAGUUGGUUGUGGGCAAUGGGGCUGCUUAUUAAUUUUGAUUAUUUAUACAAAUUACCAAACCAACACUGAAAAUGGGGUGUAAUUGUGGAAAGGUGCUACUGGUGCUAACAGUAGAAACGGGAUGCUAUCGGUAAUAGUUAGUGUUUGCAGAUGGAUACUAAAUUGAUGUAAUCAGUGUUAGUCACUUGGGUGUAGAUCUUAUUUUGUGGAUUGUAGUUGAGUUCAUAUAUGCUAAAUUGAUUCUAAUUACAGAUAUGUAAUUUAAAGUAAUAAACGUAUGUUCUGUUUUAAACUUAGAAGUUGCUGUUGCUGGUUAAAUAGAAUGCUUAAAAGAUACAAGUUGUAGCAAAAACAUUGGCUCAUUUUGUGAAUUAAAAAAAAUAUAUAUAUAUAUAAUCUUAUAACUAA